CUCUUGCCACAGAACAGUUGUUGCUUGUUCUGUGCACUCUUACACUGACACUACCACCACCACCAGCACCACCAGCACCACCCCCAGCACACACAAUGUCGACGUCGUCGUCCUCGUCCUCGUCGUCGCCGCUGCCGCCGUUCCCCUCCAACGUCAAGACGGCACCGCUCGUGUCGCUCUCCCUCGCGCGCUUGCAAGCCGGCGACGAGCAGGAAAGCGCGGCCUUCUUCGCGUCGGCGAAAGCCCUGGGCUUCUUCUACCUCGAAAUGGGCGGCUCCGAGGUCGGCGAGGCCAUGGUGCGCGAGGCGAACGCGCUCAACGACCUCCAGAUGCAGUGGAUGGCCCUGCCCAGCGCCACCAAGGAGCUGUACGGCCGCGAUAGGGGAGACAUGCACGACUUCUUCGCAUACCGCCACUAUGUGCUCCCCGACGGGCAGCGCAAGGAGGACUACAAUAUCCGCAAAGACGAUGUGCUCGGCCUGGUCACACCCCGACUCCCAGCACACAAGCUUAUUCUCGACGCGCAGCCGCUGUUUGAAAGCUACGUACGCCACUGUCGCGUGGUGAUUGAGCUGCUGCUCGAGCUGCUCAACCACCACCUCGAGCUGCCAAAGGGCACGCUGGCAAAGCUGCACCGCGCGACCGAGCGCUCGGGCGACCACGUGCGCUUCAACCACUCUCCGCCUGCGGCAUGGGACGAGGAGAGCGUGCGCAAGGGCGAGCACACCGACUAUGGCUCCCUGACGAUCCUGUUCAACUGGCUUGGCGGGCUCCAGAUCCGCCCACCCGACAGCACAGAGUGGGUCUGGGUCCGCCCCGUACCCGGCAGCUGUAUCGUCAACCUCGGCGACGCCAUGGUCACCUUCACAGCUGGCAUUCUGCGCUCCAACAUCCACCGCGUUGCGCCCGCGCCCCCGCCGCAGCACCACCUCGACCGCUACUCGCUCGUCUACUUCACCCGGCCGGAGGACGACGUCGUCAUGCGCCGCCUCAAGGGCGGCAUCAUCGACGCACAGGAGGUCUCGCCCGCCGCUGUCAACACGCCAGAGAUGACAGCCGCAGAGUGGUGGCUCAAGCGCGGGUCGGGCGUCCUCCCCGGCAUCUUCACGGCCAAGGGGUUCGAGAGCGCCAUCCCUGCAUUGUAGCGUAGUAGCUCCUCGACGACGAGUACCGCCAUCCAGACCCCAAUCCUCGCUAUACAGUGUAACAUAGACCAGCCCCUAUUGUAACCGAUCAGAUGAAAU